AGAUGUCCAGCCGCCAAAACGUCAAAUCACAAACGUCAAUUUUUUUCUUUUCUGUCCACAAAAAAAUUUUCUGUGCAACGCAGCUGUGGAGUCCGACUCUGUCCUGCCCUGUGUUCUCGUCUCCUCCAGUGAUUUUCUUUUCUUGUGCAUCAAAAAAGAAUUUUUGUGCCCAAAAAGAAUUAUAAAAAUAGUAAAAUCCCCAAAGAGCUGAAGGAGAAAAAGUGAGAAUCUAUUAAUACAUAAAUAAAUCAUUUAUUUAUUAAACGAAAUUAUACCCAGCCAAUAAAAAGAAUUUUGGAUCAUGGCUGUGUUGCAAAAAUAAAUCAAUAUCAGAAAAAAACAAAGGGAUUCUUUGAAUUCGAGCGAAGCUAAGCUUGUAUUUUUGAAAGUAAAACAAAAAACAAAAUACACUAGAGAUGAUGUCUAAAGGACCUCCAAGCGUAUUCCGUGAUAUUUACAACAAGGAAUUGUAUCCAUCAAAGCGAGCAAGAAUAAAUUUUGCAAACAAUUCUAAGGACAGUUUGGAUUACAUUCAAAGACUUGGUCUGCAAUGUCGCCUGCUUGUCCAUUCUGGAUGCGUCAACAGCCUUUCAUGGAACGAUACCGGCGAGUAUUUGCUAUCGGGAUCCGAUGAUCAAUUUAUAGCCGUCACAAAUCCACACAAUCGCAAGAUUCUGUUGAAAUUCAAAUCGGCUCAUCGUGCAAACAUUUUUAGUGCACGCUUUAUGCCACAAUCCAAUGACACUGAAAUUAUUUCAUGUUCCGGCGAUGGCGUUGUCAUACACACUGAACUCUUGUCGCCAUACAUGCAACGCAUCAAUGAUGGUCAAGAUGGUGUUAGCUAUGAACACAAAACAAAACUGAUGUGUUUCAAUUGCCAUAAGAAUGGAACAACCUAUGAAGUUAUGACAGUACCGAGGGAACCAAAAUCAUUUAUGACUUGUGGUGAAGAUGGUACAGUUCGUUUAUUUGAUUUGAGACAAAAUUCAAGUUGCUACAGGACCUGCUGCAAAGAUAAUAUUUUGGUAUUUAGUCCGUCCGCAAUUACCGCCAUGUCACUAGCACCUAUCACAAAUCAUUACAUAGCCGUCGGAAGCUCAGAUAGUGUCAUUAGGAUCUACGAUCGUCGAUACUUGUCUCUAAUUGAUUUUUCAAACGCAGCAACUCCCAGCGAACGACACACAAUCCCUGUUAAGGCUUUUCCAAUCCCGUCCACAACAAAACGAACCUAUCGCGUUACAUCAGUCAAAUACAGUCCAGAUGAAACUGAUUUGUUGGUAAACUACUCAUCCGACUAUCUUUACAUGUUUGACUUGAAUAAUCAAGGAAUCGAUUUGAGUGAGUUGCAUUCGAAGCGAGAUGGAAAGAAUUUGCUUACUGGCGAAACUCCACCGCAAGUAAGGAAACUUCGUCUUCGAGGUGACUGGUCUGAUACCGGACCAGAUGCUAGACCAGAAAGAGAUCCAAAUGGACGUGUUGAAAUUGGACAAGUGCGCCCACAACUGCAUGGAAAUAUUAUGCAUCGAAUGACCGAAGUGAUAUCACGAAUGCUGAAUGAUCCUCGAACUAGAAUCGGUCUUACCGGUCAGCAAACGAAUGAUUUUAAUAUGAGACAAGAGUCGCCUCUUUUUACUCCAGAAGAGCCACUCACAAGGGAACAAAGUGAAGAGAUGGCAAGGGCAACGGUAGCUGCUGUAGCUGUAGCAGUUGCAUCUGAUCGAGGAGCAGUAAUCACAUCGAGGAGUUCGUCCACACCAAAUACUCCAACAACUGAUGAAAUUAGUAACCCCUCCACAUCUUGGAUGCACAGCCAUAGCACCCAAGAUAUACGAGAUGCUGUUAAUGAUUCAAUAUCACCAACAAUAGAUGAAGAUAGCAGUCAAGAUGAAAACCAACUUCAAGAGGAACAAAUCAAUGAACAAUUGGCAGACCUUGAAAGAGAAGCCAAAGAGAAAGUAUUUGAUUAUAUGAAAAUGAAAUUCGUUGGCCAUCGAAAUGCCCGCACAAUGAUUAAAGAAGCAACAUUCUGGGGUAACGAUUAUGUGAUGUCUGGUUCGGAUUGUGGGCAUGUUUUUACAUGGAAUCGACAUACUGGAAAACUGGUGAUGCUGCUGCAAGCUGAUCAGCAUGUGGUCAAUUGUGUGCAGCCACAUCCAGAUUUGCCUUAUCUUGCCACAUCUGGUAUUGAUUAUGAUGUUAAAAUUUGGGCUCCAACUGAAGAAGAAGCUAGUUUUAAUGAAUCAGAAGCAAAUGAUCUGAUGGAACGAAAUGCAAUAAUGUUGAAACAAACUAAAGAUACUAUAACAGUGCCGGCAGCGUUUAUGAUUCGAAUGUUGGCCUACAUUCAUUCACUUCGUAAUCGAGAAAGGGCUGCAGCUGCAGUACCAACAGAAGCUCCUUCUACAAGUACUGCGCCUGCACCAUCAAUUACUGUUGUGGCUGCAGCUGCAGCAUUUAGACGCAACCGACGAACUAGUCGCAACAAUGCCGGUGGUGCUGGAAGUAGUACUAGCAAUAGCGAGGCUGGUAGUAGCACUACACCCCUAGCUGAAGCUGAAGUUGAAGCCGAAGCUGAGUCUUACAACUCGCCUGAUAACAAUGAUUCAUCAUAAAUUCAAUUAAAAAUAUAAAAACGUGAUACAAAAAUUCAUUAAAUAAUUCAAAUCAAA